AUGGAUGGGAUGGCCAGCCCACCUGCUCGAGCGAAGAAUGCCGCACCCAUGCAACUAUCCUCUAGCCGCAUAUGCACAAAGAGAGGGAUCCGGGGGGUUCCAGUCAAGCUCAAAGAGAGGCAGCGUCAAGACUGCUCUUCUUCCGCACGGCUUCUAUGGCGUGGACUGGGCACUGCAGACAUCGGAUGA